AUGAAUUGCCUUCCAAAUCUUCCAAGAUCCUCUGCAUUGCGUCUGCAGAGCUUCAAAAACCAUGCCAGAAGUCGUCAAUGUCCUGUCACUAUACUGGGUGUGGAGAGAGGUAUUGAUUUAUCACAGACACAAGUUAAUGUUUUAAAGGCAGUAUCUGGUUCUGCAUCCAGCACUGAAAAUGAAACUGAGGAAAUGGAGAAAUCUGAAACAUACAGUCAUGACAUGACUGCCGCUAUGGGAGCCGUCUUAACCUAUAGGCAUGAACUUGGGAUGAACUACAACUUCAUUCUUCCAGACCUGAUUGUAGGAUCAUGCCUUCAGAGUCCAGAGGAUGUUGACAAGCUUCGCAGCAUUGGAGUGAAAACUAUCUUUUGCUUACAGCAAGAUUCGGAUCUUGAAUAUUUUAGCGUUGAUAUCAGUGCCAUCCGUGAAUAUGCCAACAGCUGCAGUGACAUUCAACAUUUACGUGCUGAAAUAAGAGAUUUUGACGCAUUUGAUCUGCGGAUGCGCCUUCCAGCAGUCGUAAGCAAAUUACACAAAGCCAUUAAUCAAAAUGGGGGCGUAACUUAUGUACAUUGCACAGCUGGCCUUGGAAGAGCUCCAGCAGUUGCGUUGGCAUAUAUGUUCUGGGUUCAAGGAUAUAAGCUCAUUGAAGCACACAAUCUACUAGUGAGCAAACGCUCCUGCUUUCCGAAGCUAGAUGCAAUCAAAAGCGCAACUGCAGAUAUUCUUACUGGCCUAAAAAAGAAGCCUGUAACAUUGACAUGGAAUGGCGAUGACUGUUCGACAGUGGAAAUCUCAGGACUUGAUGUUGGAUGGGGUCAGAGAAUACCUUUGAAGUAUGAUGAGGAACAAGGUAUAUGGAUUCUCCAUAGAGAUUUGCCUGAAGGACACUAUGACUACAAGUACAUUAUUGAUGAUGAAUGGAUGUGCAAUAAGUACGAGCUCGUCACUAGCCCCAACAAAGAUGGACAUGUCAACAAUUAUGUUAAGGUGUUUGACAGUGAUCCCAGUAGCAUUGAUGCUGCAAUUUGGAAUAGGCUAACUGGUGACGACCCUGAUCUUACAACCAAUGAACGUAGCAUAAUCAUACAAUUUCUUGAAGCCUGUCCCGAUGAGGACUAA